AUGUUUAGCCCGUCUGGCGUAGCAUUUAUAACCGGCGCCGGUGGCGCGGUCGGUCAGGCAACGUGUAUUCAAUUUGCUCGAGAUGGAGUCACCAGGAUUUCUGGGCUCGACAUCUCAAAGUCUGGCUUGGAGGCAACAGCGUCGAUUCUCAGCAAGGACUUUCCAAACGUCAAGUUCCAUCCUGUUGUGCUUGAUCUCACCGUCGAGGCUGAAGUACAGCGCGCUGUCAAUGAGACGGUAGCAACUUUUGGCAGGUUGGAUUAUGCCGUCAACAACGCUGGGGUAGCUCAGCGUCUCCUACCAACGACAGGGGUGACCUUGGACGAGUACAACAAGUUAAUGGAUAUCAACAUCAAAGCAGUCUACUUGUGUGAGAAGUACGAGCUCAUGCAGAUGCUUACUCAAGAUCCCCUGCCAGCCAAUGAGCUACACCGAAAUGGAUCCCGUGGGACCAUCGUUAACGUCGCCUCCAUAGCAGGGUUUCUUGCAAUGCCGUCGUUGUCCCUCUACACAAUGUCGAAGCAUGCUGUCAUUGGUUUGACGAGGUCAGACGCACUCGAUUACGCGAAGGAUGGCAUUCGUGUCAACGCAAUUUGCCCGGGAUACAUUGACACCCCACUCAAUACCUCUACUAACAGGGAAUUCCUGAAGGAGAGAAUCGCCACGAUUCCGGCCAGAAGGCUUGCAUCUCCUGGCGAAAUAGCCGACAGCAUCACAUUCCUAGCAGGCGAGCGCUCUACUUAUAUCACCGGCACAUCUCUAGUUGUUGAUGGAGGGUACGCGGUGCAGUGA